CUUUCUUUUUUAUUUUUAGGAUAAGCAUGAACGUUACCUUCUGCUGUUUCCUCAUGUUUUACUCAUCCUGUCUGCCAGUCCAAGGAUGAGCGGCUUCAUCUACCAGGGCAAGCUGCCUUUGAGCGGGAUGACGGUGACCCCAUUAGAAGACUGUGAAAGUCAUAAAAAUGCUUUUGAGCUCUCAGGAAGCAUGUUUGAGAGACUUCAGGUGAUCUGCUAUAACAAGCAAGAUCUGCAGGACUGGCUCGAGCAUCUGAACCGACAGACCAAGCACACCACCAUGGCGGCUCCCAGCAUGAAACCCCUCACGGUUCCCUGCCACACAGUAAGUCGCCUGUUAGAAAUCCACACGUAUACUCCUGGUUACACAGACGAGGCUUAA